GUUGGAAGUUGGAAGCAAAGAAGCAGAUAAUAAGUUGAAAAAAAAACAGAGUAGAAGGUGUGUGAUCAAUGGCAGCUGCAAGUGGCAUCAUCUCCUUCUCCUCUGCGUCAUUCUUCACUCCAACAACACCUCAACCAAAAACCCAUUGCCUCCUCAAACACACGAAGGAUAAUGAUCAUCUUCCAACAUCAUCAUCCUUCACUACUCUUUCUUCUCUUAGGAUAUCAAAACCAACAACCACCUUUGGAGUCACUUCAACCACAAGGGUCCAUGUUCCUCCUCGUAGGUUGAGUUGUUCGGCCUCUGCAUCUUCCUCUUCCACUCUUCCCUCGGCUCUUCUAUUUGACUGCGAUGGAGUCCUUGUAGAUACUGAAAAAGAUGGUCACCGCAUUUCUUUCAACCAAACCUUCCAAGAGAGAAAUCUGGGCGUUACAUGGGAUGUAGACUUGUAUGGAGAAUUGCUCAAAAUUGGAGGUGGAAAAGAAAGGAUGACAGCAUACUUUAACAAGACAGGUUGGCCUGCGAAUGCCCCAGCAGGUGAACAAGAAAGAAAAGAUUUCGUUGCUUCACUUCACAAACAGAAGACAGAACUAUUCAUGGCUCUUAUUGAGAAAAAACUGUUGCCUCUUCGUCCAGGUGUUGCAAAGAUUAUCGAUCAGGCUUUUUCUCAAGGAGUCCAAGUUGCAGUUUGCAGCACUUCCAAUGAAAAGGCGGUCUCUGCAAUAGUAUCAUUCUUGCUGGGACCUGAGAGAGCAGAAAAAAUCAAGAUAUUUGCAGGAGAUGUGGUUCCCCGUAAAAAGCCUGAUCCAGCCAUCUAUCUGUUAGCAGCCAGCACUCUGGGUAUUGAACCUUCAAGAUGUGUUGUGGUGGAGGACAGUGCCAUAGGCCUAGCAGCUGCUAAAGCAGCUGGAAUGACAUGUAUAGUAACAAAGAGCGGCUACACAGAAGAUGAAGAUUUCUUAAAUGCAGAUGCAGUGUUUGAUAGCAUUGGUGAUCCUCCUGAGGAGAGAUUUGAUUUGGCAUUCUGUGGUAGCCUUCUUGAGAAGCAAUAUGUGAGCUAGCUUAAGUCAAGGAUUUUGUUUCAUUCACUAUUUUUAUCAUUCAAUAAACAAUCUUCAUUUCUUCUUAAGCUUAA